UCAUGAUCUCUGGGGUUUGUUUUUGGGAGUUUUAAGCAAUUAGCGUGUUUAGAAGAACGCAAGCCAAUAUUAGUGAAAAUAAUUUGUUUAAAUAGAGGUACAUUAAGUAUAAUUACUUAAUUUAUCCCUUAAAUAAAAGUUAGACAUUAAAAUUCAUCAAGUUCAGUCAAAAAGUUUGUGCUAAUAAUAAGAAAAAGGUGUUUGAAAUAACAGUAGCUACCGCAUGUGCUUGAAUUGACUGAAAAAAAAGCUAGUAUACGUGUAUUCAUUAUGAGUGCUGAAGAAGAAAUUCUACGAGUUCUAAAAAAACUGAAUAAAAUAUGCAGCGGCGAUGGAACGGACGAGGAUGAAGCAUUAGAAUUGCUCAAAACAUUACAAAAACUGCCGAUAACUUUAAAUCUUUUGCAAAAAACUGGAAUUGGAAUGACAGUAAAUGCUUUGCGUAGAUCAAGUAAAGAUGAAGAAGUUAUAUCAUUGUCGAAAAAACUUAUCAAAAAUUGGAAGAAACUAUUAUCAUCGGAUAAGAAGAAAGGUCCAAGUUCACCAAGUAGUUCUAAGAAAAAAGAAGAUAAAUCAGAGAAAAGUAAAGAAGACAAUGAUUCAAGAAAGGAUAAGGACAUUACCGAUGGUGGUGAUGUGAAAAUUAAAGAGGAAAAAAAUCAAAAAGACGAUAAAAAGAAACAAACAACAUUUCCAGCUCCAACGACAACCGACGCUGUAAGAUUGAAAUGUAGAGAAUUAUUAGCAAAUGCUUUAAGAGUUGAUGAUUCAUCUUUUGAUGGUUGUGCACCACCCGAGGAACUUGCCGAAGAACUUGAGGAAGCUAUUUUCCAAGAAUUUAAAAACACUGACAGUAAAUACAAAAAUAGGGUACGAAGCAGAGUUGCAAAUUUAAAAGACUUGAAGAAUCCAACAUUGAGAACAAAUUUUAUUGUUGGAGCAAUAACACCAGCGCGUCUUGCAACAAUGACUGCUGAAGAAAUGGCAAGUGAUGAGAUAAAACAAUUACGAGAACAAUUUAAUAAAGAAGCUAUAAAUGAUGCACAAUUGGCAACUGUGCAAGGAACGAAAACUGAUUUAUUAAAAUGUGGCAAAUGUAAAAAACGAAAUUGCACAUAUAAUCAAGUACAAACACGUUCUGCUGACGAGCCAAUGACAACAUUUGUUUUAUGUAACAAUUGUGGAAAUCGAUGGAAGUUUUGUUAAAAAAGAAAACAAAAACAAUUGUGAAACCAAAAAACAUUGGUCCUUCUUCCAAUUAUCAUGCAAUUUCAGAAAACCAACCAAUACAUCUUAUGUUUUCGAUUGCUGUUUGUUUUUGACAAAAAAAAAAAAAUAAACAGAAAACUGGUUUAUUUUUUCUUUGAUUUGUUUUUUUGAAUACAUAAUUCUUAUUGUAUUCACACAUUGGACACAGUCAAUUUAAUUUUUUAAUCAAAGAGAUUAAAAGAAUUUUUACUGCAUAAAAAAAACUUUGUAUUUGGCAAUUAUUUGUCAGACAAAGAGAUAAAGUUGCUUUAUAAGCAAAAAAAACGGAAAUUAUAUUAAAUUAAAAUGAAAUUAUUUGUAUUCCAUUUGUAUAUAUAGAGUGUUAUUUAACAAUUUUAACAUUGAGAGAAAUAACUAAGUGAAAAGAACAUUAAUUUCGAUAUAUAAAUUAUUUUCGAAAUUUCAUUUGCAAAAAAUAAAUCAUCUUUUGCCUGACAAAUCUUUUCCAAUAUUAUAUUAUAUACUAAAAAUUUACAAAUUCGAUUGAAUUUUAAUUUGUUCGUUAAAAUGUCAUGAAAUUAAUACACAACUUCGAAAAAAAAAUGUAUUUCUGUGAGCAUUUUAUCGUCUUGAUAAUUUAAAGAGACGAAACAUUGUAUUAUUUAAUUAAAACGUUUAAUAUUUAAGACACAUUUAAUAUGUCUUUUUCUCCAAUUUAAAAAAAAAAAGAGUUCACAUUGUAGUUUGAUUUGUGUUCUUUCAUUCCCUUUAUUAUAAUGGGAGAAUUGAAGACUAAAUAAAAAAAAAUAUAAUAAUAAAA